AUGGCCAGCAUCCUGCCUGGCCAGCAGCCCUUCCCACCUCAGAUGGGAGCACCACUGGAGGAGCAGAGGUCCCAGGACACCACAGGAGACCACCAGGAGCCAAAGCCUGGCUGGCAGCAGGGUGCCAGCAGCUCCGCUCCGGGCUGGCAGGAGGCAAGCAGCUACCGCCUGGCGCUGAGGAGGAUGGCAGGGGACCUCCUGUCCCUGAGGCACCGUGCCACCAGCCUGGAGGUGGAGAACAGGCACCUGAGGCACAGCCUGGCCACGCAGCAGGAGCUGGGCCAGGCCCUGCUCGCCGACACGGACCUGGACGUCAUGACCCGCGAGGAGCUGCUGGACAGGCUGGCCACCCUCAAGCACAAGCUGGCGGCCAGCACGGCGGAGAUGAGGAGGCUGAAGGACCGUGUCCAGCAGCUGCAGAACGAGCUGAUCCGGAAAAACGACCAGGAGAAUGACCUGGUGCUGCUCCAGAGAGCCCAGCAGCAGCAGCAAGCCACGCUGAGGAGGUGGCAGGAGAAGGUGGCCAGGACAAAGGGCUUGGAGGAGAGAGUGAAGCAGCAGGAGAAGGUGAUGCAGAUGAUGGAGCAGAUGCUGAAGGAGAAGCUCUCCAGGGUGGGCAGAAGCACUGAGAGGCCAGAGGGUGAAGCUGUCUCCAAGGAGCUGUACACCACCCUGCUGGCCGAGAACCGCAGGCUGCGGGAGGAGCUGGCCAGGGUCCCCCAGCCCUCACCCCGCACCGCCCUGCCGCCUCCAGCCUUGCCGGAUGCUUUUGGGGGGGUGGAGAAGCUGUCUCUGCUGGCCAGGCUGGAGGAGGCAGAAGCCCGUGGGCGGGUGCUGGAGAGGCAGGUGGGUAUUGUCCUCCCCACUUGA